CACUCCCUGAGCUACUUCUACCUGCACCUGCCAGACCCCAGCCGGGGGCCACCUCAGUUCUCCAUUUGGAGCUACCUGGACGACCAGCCCAUUGCUCGCUUUGACAGCCUCACCAGGAGGAUGGAGCCCCUGGUGCCCUGGAUGGAGGAGGUGGAGAAGGAGGCCUUUCUUUCUCCGAAGUGGGUCUUCAGGACCGAGCGGAAGUUAUCGAAACGGGACCUCCUGGCUGGAGGGCCUCACACCUGGCAGGCGGUUUUGGGCUGUGAGCUCCGGGAAGACAGGAGCACAGGAGGUUUUUUCCACUACGGCUACGAUGGGAGGGACUUCAUCAGCUUCGACAAGGAGACCCUCACCUGGGUGGCAGCUCAGCCCAAGGCCUGGAAGUUCAAGAAGGAGUGGGAGGAGGAUCCUGGUUGGUCCGAGAGAAACAAAUUCUUCCUGGAGGAGACCUGCAUUGAGUGGCUGCAGAGAUACCUGUCCUACAAGAACAGGACUCAGGAGACGACAGAGCCCCCAGUGGGGAAGCUGAAUUACAAAGCGGUGAAUGAGAGGCUGGAGAUCCUCACCUGCCAGGCCUUUGGCUUCUACCCCAAGGAGAUCCAGGCCACCUGGAGGAGGGACGGAGAGAUCUGGGAACAGGAGACCCUCCUUAGGAACAUGGCCCCCAACUCAGAUGGGACCUAUUAUCUCUGGCUCAGCAUUGAGAUUGACCCCAAGGAGAGGGACCGUUUUCGGUGUCACCUGGAGCACGAGGGCUUGCAGGAGCCUGGAUUUGCCCUUCAAGGAGGAAAGAG